UUUAUUGACGCUAUUGUUUUGCAAAAGCGAUCACUCUAAAUGCCGCCUGGUUAAAAAUGGCAUAAGUGGAGUUAUUUAAAACUCCUAUUGGAGAACAAGGGUCAAUUGUGCUGCCGCAACCCCUGGAGCAGGCAAAAGAGGACCUUGGGAGCCGAGCGCCGAUUGGCCGGCGGGUCAGAAAGGGGCGGUCUCAGUGAAUUAGUGAUAGACGCUAAAGGCAGACGUCCUGCAGUGAUCAAACCCCGGGUGAUGUGACAGUGGCGUGUUUGAAGUGAUUGUCAUGCUAUGCAACAUCAAGGCUUACCCCCAGCUUUGGGCCUAAUUAGUUCACUUAGGGCCCUUUAUAAGGGACACUUCGAGGGGACACACUGAGGAGACAGCAAGCAGAGGACCUGGAUCUGUAAAUUACAGCAAAAAACAAUCAAAUUUGAAGACUUUUUGCGCCUCGCUGAGAAUGCCACACUUAUCUGACUGCAGCUACUUCACUAUGCGGGACGCCACGAGAGCUUCAAAUGUACAGAACCAACUGGAGACCUCCAAGUUCCACCUCCACCAGAGUCAGAACCAGCAGGUCAAGCAGUACCUGACGCUGGGCUCCAAGCUGGCCUCUUCGGCCGUGCCCCAGCCGCCGCCGCACCCCCACGCCCCCAUCAUGAGGAACGGACACAUGGCGUCCAUCAACGACCCCGGCAGCAACCCCGGCAGCCCCGUCACCCUGAUGAGCAUGGGCGGCCAUGACAGCGAGUUCCCCAUGGAUGAAGUUAUCGAUGACCUUAUCAGUCUUGAAUCGGGCUUCAAAGAUGGAGGCCUGGAUUGCAUGGAGCCUAACAUCAUCAUGCAAAACAAUGAAGUGAGCAGACUACCAGAAACUGGGGUGUCUCUCAGUAGCAGCAUGCUGGACGUGUAUGGGGGUGAACAAGAACACGACACCCGGGUCAUGGCCAAGGAGAGGCAGAAAAAGGACAACCAUAACUUAAUCGAAAGAAGGCGAAGAUACAACAUCAACUACAGGAUUAAGGAGCUGGGGACGCUCAUUCCCAAGUCAAACGACCCCGACAUGCGCUGGAACAAAGGCACCAUCCUGAAGGCCUCGGUGGAGUACAUCAGGUGGCUGCAGAAGGAGCAGCAGCACGCUCGCGAGCUGGAGGGGAGGCAGAAGAAGCUGGAGCAGGCCAACAGGAGGCUUCUGCUCCGGAUUCAGGAACUUGAGAUCCAGGCUCGAGCGCACGGCCUCCCGAACAUGGCGACGUCUUUGGGGACGACGGAGCUGCCCUCACAUCUCCUCAAACAACAAUCGUCUCCCCAAACUCAGCAGCCGCCUCUCUAUCAGGAAGACCCAAACAGUGAUUACCUCCAGAGGAUAGCCGUGGUUGCUGGCGUCCCGUCCAUCCCGGGGGGAGGUCCCACCGCGCCUCAGGACCACAUGGCGGGCGCCGACGGCUGCAACACCUUCUCCGACCCGCUGUCCCACUUCACGGAAAUCUUCAGCGCCACGCUCAAGGGGGAGCACCGGCUGGACGAGCUCCUCAUGGACGACCCGCUGUCGCCUUUCGCCACUGAUCCGCUCCUGUCGUCCAGGUCGCCCGGUGAGGUGUCCAAGGACAGCAGCCGCCGGAGCAGCUUCAGCUCAGGGGAAGGCGACGAGCUAUAAUGCAAAGAGAUUAUAGAGAGAUUAAAGGUCAAACAGGGUAUCAGACUGACAGACCCGCCUUGUAUAUACUGUACAGUUCUUACUGAUCCAGAAUCAGAUCAUGGACCUCCCAUAAAAGGACUUUCAUUCAUUCCAAAAAGGGAGACAUUUACUGGCCUUUGGUAACACUGUAGUCGCUGUACACUGAAAACGACUCCAAAAAAAACACUGUUUUAAGUUUGCAAGCAUCCAUUGUGCCUUACUCUUCCACCGCAGUGCCUAACAUGCUGUGUUUCUGUAUUUAUACAUCAGUGUAAUCAUAAAUAUAUAUAUAUUAUUAUCUAACAUGUUACUUUUUAUGUCUUG